AUGAUCGUGACCCCUUCGGCUGUACCGCCGCCAACAUCCAGCCCGCCUCGACCCACGACCACGCCGACGUCUACGACAAAUGCGCCUUCGGCUUACGAGCAGGAGCAUCGACUGGCCCUCCUCAAAAUCCCUUCGGUCAUCCUAAGUACUCCGGCCAUCUCGCACACAAUGGCCGCGGCCCUCGCGCUCUCACUUCUUGGCCACGUUUUGUUUCUUAAAAGCCAAAUACCUUUUCCAAUUGUGCAGCUCGCGCGCAUGCCUGGCGGGAAGUCCGACUCCCGUGCUACGAAACGGCGUAUAGAGCUGCUCUCCGCGAUGGACACGCUCUCAUCUCAUAUGCAAACAACCUUCUCAGCGUUGUCGACCGCAAUAGCACGCCGUAAUUCAUCGCCUGCGGGAGUAAAUUCACCGACUUCUGAGCGGGCGAGCGCGCAUUUGGUGUUCGUCGUGGGUCCCAGUGUCGGUGCAGCCCGUGCGCGGGUAGUCUUCGCAGUGGAUGGUCUCGAAGUGAAGCUUUGGGGAAGAAGGGAGGAUAGCUCGGAUAUUAGAUAUUCGGGCAGAGGAGAAAAGAUUCAAGAAGGUGAGGAUGGAGAGUCAGACGAAGAGACUGAGGAUGAAGAAUCAGAUGAAGAAAGUGAGGACAAAGAGUCGGACGAAGAGAGUGAGGGUGGGGACUCGGACGAAGGGAGUGAGGAUGAGGAUGAAGAGGACGAAGAUGACGGUUACGACGAAGAAUCCAAUGAAGGACUCAAAAGAAUUUCUAAUGGUGAGGGCGAAAGUGAAAUAGGCUCUGAGACGGCAUCGGAGCCACCCCUUUCGCGGUCUCCCUCUCCAUCUCCUUCUGGGUCACAAUGCUCACGACCUUCAACACCCGCGACGCCACCCGUACAAUCUGCUAACCACGAGAAGUCACCCGUAAUGUCAUCACAAACCUAUGCCGAAGAACAGCAAAGUUUGAGAGCGGCCGAACGACUGCUCUCGCGAAUUUUAGCAAAUGCAUGCGCGGAAGAAAAUGGAGGCAUGUCCUCUCCCACACAGACUCAUGUUCUCCUCCGUGCGCCCCGGAGGUUCGUACACCCUGCGUGGAUCCCGCGGCAGAACCUAGUUCGGACCAUGGAAGGCUUGCUUGGCACUUUUCUGGACGAAGCUAGUGCCACGGAUACCUCGAGAGAGAAAAAAAGGGGCCAGCAAAGAGGCGUCAGGACGGAAGGAGUGUGGAUUGGAUGCAGCGAAUCAGAUAUCAGUGCAGGCGUGAAAAUUGACCCUGAGACCGAGGCUAUAAAUGAAGAAGACGAGAUGAUUUGGUGGGCGUGGGAUGGCAAGCUCGUUGGUUUCUCGGAUUGGUGA